AUGCCCCGUCCCCCCUCCACCCCCGUCUUUGUCCUCGUCCCCGGAGCCUCCCAAUCCCCCGCCCACUACGGCCUCCUCAUGCACCUCCUCCUCACUCGCGGCCACCCCGUCUACUCUGCAAUUCUCCCUAGUACCGGUCCUGGAAAUGCAAAAAAUGUAACCGCGCAGGUGGAUGCAGAGUAUGUGCGUGAACAUAUGUUGUUACCGAUUUUGGAUACGGAGGGGCAUGAUAUCGUGAUGGUUAUGCAUUCUUACAGCGGUAUCCCUGGCAGCGCCGCCGCCUACGGACUAGGCAAAAAAGAUCGCGAAGCAGCGGGCAAGAAAACAUCUGUUUUGGGACAGAUAUAUAUCGCAUCGUUAUUGGUGAAAGGAGGUGAUGGAGGGAAUAUUGUUGAUGCGUUGGGUGGAUCACUUCCGCCGCAUAUUACGCCUGAUGAACCCUCCGGCAUCCUCACCUGCGCCGAUCCCGGCCCUCCCCUCUACUCCGACGUCACACCCCUCGUCUUCCAAAACGCCAUCGUAAACUCCACUCUCUGUCCCAGCUACGCCUCCUGGCACUCACCCUGUCCACGCGCCUCCUGGGAUCAAGAAUCCUUCAAAGGAAAGAUCGCAUUUAUUCGAACCCUCAAUGAUACCGGGAUCCCGUUGCAGUUUCAGGAUAUGUUUAUGCAAAGUACCGGGGAAGAGUGGAUUGUGAGGGAUAUGGAUACGGGACAUAGUCCGCAGCUUGUGCAGCCGGAACGCGUUUGUGAUGUUUUGAUUGAGUUGGCGAGGGGAUUUGGAGGGGUAUGA